AUGGCACCUGGAGAAACUACCAUUCAAGGAAAUCGUAUUGAUCCGAAAAACAACAUUAUUACAAUUGAUCCAUGGUUAAAACCUUUUGAACAGGCCAUAUACAGAAGAUAUUCAAAUUACAAACGAUGGAUCGACAAUAUAAAUACUCAUGAGGGUGGCAUGGAAAAUUUCACGCGUGGAUAUGAAAAAUUUGGUUUUAAUGUACUUCCAAACAACACUAUUGUCUACAGAGAAUGGGCACCUAGUGCAAAAACUGCGAGUUUAGUUGGUGAAUUUAAUAAUUGGAAUGUUAAUGCCCAUCAAAUGAGAAAAAAUGACUUUGGAGUUUGGGAAAUUGAGAUUCCUCCAAAUCAUGGUACUCUAGCAAUUCCACAUAACACUAAAAUAAAGAUUUCAAUGACUACACAAAAUGAUGAACGUAUUUAUCGACUACCAGCAUGGAUUAAACGCGUAACUCAAGAUUUAUCUGUUAGCGCAGCAUAUGAUUCUAUCUUUUGGAAUCCUCCCAACAAAUAUGUAUGGAAAAAUAAUUCACCUAAAAAACCAUCAGGUUUAAGAAUUUAUGAAGCACAUGGUCGUAUUGGGACUUAUAAAGAGUUUGCAGAUAAUAUAUUACCUCGUAUAAAAGAUCUAGGUUAUAAUACUAUUCAAUUGAUGGCUAUCAUGGAGCAUGCAUAUUAUGCAUCUUUUGGAUAUCAAGUUACCAGUUUUUAUGCUAUCUCCAGUCGUUAUGGAACUCCUGAAGAAUUAAAAUAUCUUAUUGAUACUGCUCAUGGAAUUGGUCUGACUGUAUACUUGGACAUAGUUCAUUCACAUGCUUGCAAAAAUGUUUUGGAUGGCUUGAAUAUGUUUGAUGGUUCAGAUAAUUGCUACUUCCAUGAAGGAGGGAAAGGAAGACAUGAGCUUUGGGAUAGUCGCUUGUUUAAUUAUGGAAGUUGGGAAGUGCUUCGAUUUUUACUAUCAAAUCUUAGAUUUUUUAUGGAGGAGUAUAAGUUUGAUGGAUUUAGAUUUGAUGGAGUUACCAGUAUGAUGUACACUCAUCAUGGUAUUGGAACUGGAUUUUCUGGUGGCUAUCAUGAAUACUUUGGUGAUAGUGUGGAUGAAGAUGCUGUUACGUAUUUAAUGCUGGCAAAUGAUACGUUGCACCAACUUUAUCCAAAUAUUAAUACAAUAGCAGAAGAUGUGUCUGGUAUGCCUGGUUUAUGUCGUCCAAUAUCUGAAGGUGGUACUGGGUUUGAUUAUAGAUUAGCUAUGGCUAUCCCUGAUAUGUGGAUUAAAUUAUUGAAAGAACAACGUGAUGAAGAUUGGAAUGUUGGAGAUAUUUGUUGGACAUUAAUAAAUAGAAGACAUAUGGAAAAGACAAUCGCAUAUGCUGAAUCUCAUGAUCAAGCACUUGUUGGUGAUAAAACAAUUGCUUUCUGGUUAAUGGAUAAAGAAAUGUAUACUAAUAUGUCUGAUUUGACUCCUCGUACACCAAUUAUUGAUCGUGGAAUUGCAUUACAUAAAAUGAUAAGGUUAUUAACUCACGGACUUGGAGGUGAAGGAUAUCUUAAUUUUGAAGGCAAUGAAUUUGGACAUCCAGAAUGGUUAGAUUUUCCUCGCCAGGGAAAUAAUAAUUCGUAUCAUUAUGCAAGAAGACAAUGGAAUAUCGUUGAUGACAAAAAUUUAAGAUAUAGAUAUUUGAAUGAGUUUGAUAAAGCCAUGCAAAAUUUAGAAGAAAAACAUCAUUGGUUAGAUUCACCUCAGGCAUAUAUUUCAGCAAAGCAUGAAAGUGAUAAGGUUAUAGUGUUCGAACGAGGAAAUUUGUUAUGGAUUUUCAAUUUCCAUCCUACAAAUUCAUUUUCUGAUUAUAAAGUUGGUACAGAAUGGUCGGGUAAAUAUACCGUUAUAUUAAACUUGGAUAAUAAAAAAUUUGGAGGUCAUGAUAGAAUAAAUGAAAGUCGUAUUGGGACUUAUAAAGAGUUUGCAGAUAAUAUAUUACCUCGUAUAAAAGAUCUAGGUUAUAAUACUAUUCAAUUGAUGGCUAUCAUGGAGCAUGCAUAUUAUGCAUCUUUUGGAUAUCAAGUUACCAGUUUUUAUGCUAUCUCCAGUCGUUAUGGAACUCCUGAAGAAUUAAAAUAUCUUAUUGAUACUGCUCAUGGAAUUGGUCUGACUGUAUACUUGGACAUAGUUCAUUCACAUGCUUGCAAAAAUGUUUUGGAUGGCUUGAAUAUGUUUGAUGGUUCAGAUAAUUGCUACUUCCAUGAAGGAGGGAAAGGAAGACAUGAGCUUUGGGAUAGUCGCUUGUUUAAUUAUGGAAGUUGGGAAGUGCUUCGAUUUUUACUAUCAAAUCUUAGAUUUUUUAUGGAGGAGUAUAAGUUUGAUGGAUUUAGAUUUGAUGGAGUUACCAGUAUGAUGUACACUCAUCAUGGUAUUGGAACUGGAUUUUCUGGUGGCUAUCAUGAAUACUUUGGUGAUAGUGUGGAUGAAGAUGCUGUUACGUAUUUAAUGCUGGCAAAUGAUACGUUGCACCAACUUUAUCCAAAUAUUAAUACAAUAGCAGAAGAUGUGUCUGGUAUGCCUGGUUUAUGUCGUCCAAUAUCUGAAGGUGGUACUGGGUUUGAUUAUAGAUUAGCUAUGGCUAUCCCUGAUAUGUGGAUUAAAUUAUUGAAAGAACAACGUGAUGAAGAUUGGAAUGUUGGAGAUAUUUGUUGGACAUUAAUAAAUAGAAGACAUAUGGAAAAGACAAUCGCAUAUGCUGAAUCUCAUGAUCAAGCACUUGUUGGUGAUAAAACAAUUGCUUUCUGGUUAAUGGAUAAAGAAAUGUAUACUAAUAUGUCUGAUUUGACUCCUCGUACACCAAUUAUUGAUCGUGGAAUUGCAUUACAUAAAAUGAUAAGGUUAUUAACUCACGGACUUGGAGGUGAAGGAUAUCUUAAUUUUGAAGGCAAUGAAUUUGGACAUCCAGAAUGGUUAGAUUUUCCUCGCCAGGGAAAUAAUAAUUCGUAUCAUUAUGCAAGAAGACAAUGGAAUAUCGUUGAUGACAAAAAUUUAAGAUAUAGAUAUUUGAAUGAGUUUGAUAAAGCCAUGCAAAAUUUAGAAGAAAAACAUCAUUGGUUAGAUUCACCUCAGGCAUAUAUUUCAGCAAAGCAUGAAAGUGAUAAGGUUAUAGUGUUCGAACGAGGAAAUUUGUUAUGGAUUUUCAAUUUCCAUCCUACAAAUUCAUUUUCUGAUUAUAAAGUUGGUACAGAAUGGUCGGGUAAAUAUACCGUUAUAUUAAACUUGGAUAAUAAAAAAUUUGGAGGUCAUGAUAGAAUAAAUGAAAUUCUUACACAUCAUUAG